AUGGCUCAACGCUGGCAGCAGCAAUUAGUAGAGCGGCAAAUGAGUCGACCGACUGUUUAUUUCAGUAAUGGGGUGAAAGCCUUCAAUGGAGGCCUCCAUCUAGCGGUUCUGGAUGCAGGUGGUGUAACGUCAAACCUUGUUGCCACCCCGACACCCAUCACAGAACCACCAUGUUGUCUGUGCCCCAUACAGAACCACCAUGUUGCCUGUGCCCCUACAGAACCACCAUGUUGCCUGUGCCACUACAGAACCACCAUGUUGCUGUCCCCCUACAGAACCACCAUGUUGCCUGUGCCACUACAGAGCCAGCAUGUUGCCUGUCCCCCUCAGAGCCACCACAUUGCCUGUCCCCCCACAGAACCACCAUGUUGCCUGUGCCCCUACAGAGCCACCAUGUUACCUAUCCCCCUACAGAACCACCAUGUUGCUGUCCCCCUACAGAACCACCAUGUUGCCUGUCCUCCUACAGAACCACCAUGUUGCCUAUCCCCCUACAGAACCACCAUGUUGCUGUCCCCUACAGAACCACCAUGUUGCCUGUCCCCCUACAGAACCACCAUGUUGCUGUCCCCCUACAGAACCACCAUGUUGCCUAUCCCCUACAGAACCACCAUGUUGCCUAUCCCCCUACAGAACCACCAUGUUGCCUAUCCCCCACAGAACCACCAUGUUGCUGUCCCCUACAGAAUAACCAUCACAUGUUGCCUAUCCCCUACAGAACCACCAUGUUGCUGUCCCAAACAGAACCACCAUGUUGCCUGUCCCUCCACAGAACCACCAUGUUGCCUGUCCCCCCACAGAACCACCAUGUUGCCUGUGCCCCUACAGAACCACCAUGUUGCUGUCCCCCUAAAGAACCACCAUGUUUGCUGUCCCCCACAGGACCACCAUGUUGCCUGUCCCCUCCAGAACCACCAUGUUGCCUGUGCCCCCCCGGAGUCAAGAUGUUGUUCACGUGUAAAUUGCAUGAGACCCCCAACCACCAUUUUCCCUGUCCCCUACAGAACCACCAUGUUUGCUGCCCCCACAGAACCACCAUGUUGCCUGUUCCCCCCAGAACCACCAUGUUUCCUGUCCCCCAUAGAACCACCAUGUUGCCUGUGCCCCUACAGAACCACCAUGUUUGCUGUCCCUCACAGAACCACCAUGUUGCCCGUCCCCCCAUGGAGUCAAGAUGAGGUUCACGUGUAUAUUGCCUGUGCCCCACAGAACCACCAUGGUGCCUGUGCCCCUACAGAACCACCAUGUUUGCUGUCCCCCACAGAACCACCAUGUUGUCUGUCCCCCCACGGAGUCAAGAUGUUGUUCACGUGUAUAUUGCCUGUGCCCCACAGAACCACCAUGUUGUCUGUCCCCCCACGGAGUCAAGAUGUUGUUCACGUGUAUAUUGCCUGUGCCCCACAGAACCACGAUGUUGUCUGUCCCCCCACGGAGUCAAGAUGUUGUUCACGUGUAUAUUGCCUGUGCCCCACAGAACCACGAUGUUGUCUGUCCCCCCACGGAGUCAAGAUGUUGUUCACGUGUAUAUUGCCUGUCCCCCAGCGGCAAUAG